CUUGCAUACCAACGUAAAAAUGGCGGACGAGGCGCUAGCCCGAGCUGGACUACAUUUUGAUGAAUUAAAUAAAAUACGAGUUUUAGAGCCUGAGGUCGCACAACAAACUAAGGAACUAAAAGAAGAAUGUAAAGAAUUUGUUGAUAGUAAGUAUACUUGGGAAUAUUAAUAAAGUAUAGCCAUAGCCAUAGGCAUAGGUCUACUACAAGUUUGAGUCGUCUUUGACAUUCAAUCCAAUAUUAUGAUACAAUUAUUAAACAAUUCAAUGACAUUCCAAUUCAAUAUAAAUAUUGUCUGAUUGCAAUAAAAAAGACAUAAUUUUAAAGGCCUGGCAAUAAGCCUUAUAUAUAUACAUCAAUUUCACCUUUCUAGCUGUUAUAGAAGUGGAGUUAUGAUUUAAAAAAAAUAAACUAGGGACUACAAAAGUAGAUACUUGGAUAAAACAAGGGAGACUACUACUUUUUUUGUAUCGGAAAUGGGCGUCGGCGCCGAAAAAUCCGAGUUUUUAAUUUUCCGAUGUGUGUGUCUAUUUAUUAUUAAAUUAGUUAUUUGGACAUAUAUUUGAGUUCCGUUUCCGGCCUUAUAAUUUGGAAGACAUCUUGGCCUACAUUUCCAUCCAACUAUUUUGCUUUUUCAAUCGACCUUUAUUUUGGAAAUCUUUGGUAUAUAUAAGGCAUCUUCGCAUGCAAAAUUUUUUGUGAAAUAUAAAAUACAGGUCUUUCAUAUUAAAUCGUGUAAGGCAUCAGAUAUUGAUAUAUAUCUGUGCCAAUUCUCAUUGAUGUAGGUCGUGUCCCACGUUCGCUACGCUUCUCCCAGUGACCCAUAUCACCAUAAGGGGCCUCAGCCUUAUUUCGACAUGGCGUGGGCCACGCCCCCUUUUUAAUGGCGGAAGUUGCCGAUACUUAAGAAAUAUUUAAUUAUUACCACUAUAUACAUCAAAAUAUUUGAUAACUUGUGUUUCAGAAUGCAUUUUGAAGACAUUUAAACUGGAAUGUUUUAAUUUGAGCUUUAAAAACUCUGUAGAGUCCAUAUUAUAAAUGAUCAGAAAUUUCCGUGUGCAACACGUUGUCAUUGGCAACCAUUCACAGCCACUUGCAUAACGGCUAUAUCGUAGUACUAUCUCAGAGUUUCAUUCAUAAGUGUUUGCCGUGUGCAAAAACUAUUAAACCAUUGGUCAGGGAAAGCUUUAAUUAAUUAUUCAUGUGCCAAAGUUGAAAGUUUAAAAUAAAUCGACCCUAAACAGUAUUUUAGUGAUAAGGGAAUGCCUUAGCCUUAUAUAAACUAUAUAGUCAUUGCGCAUGACGCGAUCGGCGGAAUGAGGUCACAGAAUGUGGAGAUGCAGUCCAUGUUAAAAAAGGACAAACCAAGUCGUACUUUAAAAAUUCAUAACUUUAAAACUACAACAGCUAAAAAUAUGAUUUUGGUGUUAUAAUUCUGUUUAAAAUUAGCUCUAUUCAACUGUGCCAUUGGUUUAUUUUAAAAAAAAUGUUUACAUUUUUGACCAAAGUAUCUAACAAAAGUCUCAUGCGCAUGUGGUCUGCACAUACCGAAAAAUUACGCAAAACUUUUGCGGCCAUUUUUACAUUCGUCUCGGUGAUUAUCUUGUUUUUUUGUAUUUUACGUCACAGUUUGCUAAUGAUAGUAUUAAAAUUAUCGGUGACGUAGAGCGUAUAUUUUUCCAAACAUGCCUACCAUAUUUUAGAUACUUUGGUCAAAAAUUUAAACAUUUUGUAAAAAUAAACCAAUGGCAUAGUUGAAUAGAGCUAAAUUUUUACAGAAUUAUAACACCAAAAUUAUAUUUUUAGCUGUUGUAGUUUUAAAGUUAUGAAUUUUUAAAGUACGACUUGGUUUGUCCUUUUUUAACAUGGACUGCAUCUCCACAUUCUGUGACCUCAUUCCGCCGAUCGCGUCAUGCGCAAUGACUAUAUAGUUUAUAUAAGGCUAAGGCAUUCCCUUAUCACUAAAAUACUGUUUAGGGUCGAUUUAUUUUAAACUUUCAACUUUGGCACAUGAAUAAUUAAUUAAAGCUUUCCCUGACCAAUGGUUUAAUAGUUUUUGCACACGGCAAACACUUAUGAAUGAAACUCUGAGAUAGUACUACGAUAUAGCCGUUAUGCAAGUGGCUGUGAAUGGUUGCCAAUGACAACGUGUUGCACACGGAAAUUUCUGAUCAUUUAUAAUAUGGACUCUACAGGGUUUUUAAAGCUCAAAUUAAAACAUUCCAGUUUAAAUGUCUUCAAAAUGCAUUCUGAAACACAAGUUAUCAAAUAUUUUGAUGUAUAUAGUGGUAAUAAUUAAAUAUUUCUUAAGUAUCGGCAACUUCCGCCAUUAAAAAGGGGGCGUGGCCCACGCCAUGUCGAAAUAAGGCGGAGCCCCCUUAUGGUGAUAUGGGUCACUGGGAGAAGCGUAGCGAACGUGGGACACGACCUACAUCAAUGAGAAUUGGCACAGAUAUAUAUCAAUAUCUGAUGCCUUACACGAUUUAAUAUGAAAGACAUGUUCCUUUUAUUUCACAAAAAAUUUUGUAUUUGAAGAUGCCUUAUAUAUACCAAAGAUUUUCAAAAUGAAGUUCGAUUGAAAAAAGCAAAAUAGUUGGAUGGAAAUGUAGGCCAAGAUGUCUUCCAAAUUAUAAGGCCGGAAACGGAACUCAAAUAUAUGUCCAAAUAACUAAUUUAAUAAUAAAUAGACACACACAUCGGAAAAUUAAAAACUCGGAUUUUUCGGCGCCGACGCCCAUUUCCGAUACAAAAAAAUUAGUAGUCUCCCUUGUUUUAUCGAAGUAUCUACAUAUUUGCAGCAUUUAGAUUCUGUGACCAGUAAUGCAUUUAAUUGUUUCCAUCGGUAUGUGUUAAUUGCUUAUUAUUUUUUAAAUGUAAAAUUAAAACACAGUGGUUUAGCUCCAUACUGCUUUAUUCAUUCCCAAAGGUUAAUAACUUGACUUCAUUAAUAAUAGCAAUAAGGAACAAAAGUAAUGCCUUUCGAACUGAAAGGUGUAAGAAAAUAAAAUUGUUAGUAGUCACCCUCCCUCACAAACAAAAUUGGAUUGUCGGAAAUGGUUAUUGCUACCAAUUUAAUUUAAAGAUAUUUUUUAUUAUAGUUCAUCUUUAAUAAUCUGUGGAAGACUAACCAGUUAAUAAAGGGCAAACCAUUUUGCAAAAUUAUUAGAAAUUAAUACAACCUCAUAAAUUAAAUAAUUUUAAAUAAUUGUAGGUCGGGUAGCCUAGUGAAUUUCGGACUUGUUUUGUUCCUUGAAUUAUAUAUAUAAUAUAUAUAAAAUAAAAGCAUUUGCCACUACUAUUACAAAUAUACUAUUAUCAAAUAAAUUCCAAUAAAAUAUGGUUCAGCACAAGGUACACUAAAAGUCUAAAAUUAAAAAUUUUUCUCACAUAUUUGUGUGAAAAUUGCGUCACUGUGACUUGUUUAAAAUUAAAUAAUAUAUGAAUUUUUCUAUAUUAAGUUUAUUAAAAUAAGAAUAAGACUCAACAUUAUCAUGGUAAUUAUAUUUUUACUAGGACUUAGGCAUAAGAAAACUGUAAACAUUUAUAUCAACAAAUAUUUAAUAUAUUUCUAAUUAAACAAAAAAGAAAUAAAUUUUAAUAAACACAUCACUUGAAUAAUAUUAAAAAGAAACUAAAAUUUGUAUAGAUAAAGAAUUAUGAUUAGUUGUUAAUGUUAGUUAGGCUUCUUUUGGGGGCAAGAGAAAAUUGUAUCUUUCAGUUGCAAAACUUAGAAUUCCUUCCUAUUAAAUAAGGGGGAACGUUUGGAUGCAGAUAGAGGUGACAAAGUUUAUGAAAGAGAGAUUUGUGGGAUUCAUCAACAAGACAAAGAAGUCACUGUAGCUCAUUCUACCCAGAAAAUGACAGGCAGAAGAUCCUCAUUACCUUUUAAAAUUUAAUUACAUAUCCCUGUAUGCUUGUAUUAAUUUUAUGGGUGAUUAUAGUAAAUUUUUAUUUAUAAUCUCAUGCAUUUAAUUUUAUUUUUAAAAAGACUUCUACUUAACUUUUAUAAAUAUAAAAAUAGAUUUUAAAUUUUACUGCAGAAUAUAAUUCAUUAAAAUAUAAAUUAAUAUAAAGAAACUUGUUUUUUUUUUGUUCUUUUAAAAUCAUGAUUUUAAAAAUUUUUCUAUUGUAAGGAAGCCUUGCUUACUCUCUUUGCUAACCUUCAUCUAUAUCUGGCAUUCACUAAAGAACAACUCAGGCGAUAACAUUUGAUGAUUAUAAUCUUGUUCUUUAUUAGGCUGACGCUUCGCUUAGACUUUCUCUCAUCUCACAACUCUGACUGCCCUCUUGUCAUACCGUCCGAGUUCUCCCUGCUAUCUGCUUCUCUGUCCGGCCGCGCUCCUCCUGUUCCGUCCAGAGGUCCCUGUUUAUAGGUCCCUGGGUCUGUACUUGCGCCGCCCCUUUUCUCAGUCGGGUAGCGUCGUCCCAGGGAAAUGCCCCUGGUCAGAUUGCCAGUACCGCCAAAGGCGCUUUAUCCUUCGAUCGUGAUCCCUGGUCAGAUGGCGCCGGCUGUACCUGGUCAGAUGGCACCGGCUGUACCUGGUCAGACGGCCGGUAACCCUGGUCAGCCGCCCCCGGCGCCGUCGUGAUCCGAACUCUCCACAAUCCCCGGCGCCGUCGCGGUCCGAUACGCCCCCGGCGCCGUCGUGGUCCGAACUCUCCACAAUACCCCCAUCUUACAAAACCAAUGUCGUCCCGACAUUACUAACACCCUCGCUGCAGUUACAUAACUGAUCUCUAAAUGGCUUAAAGUGCCUCGGACCUUCAGCCUUCAUUUAAAAAAACAGCUCACAGUAAGGCACGUGUGUCAUCACAUUGAGGUUCUAGUGCACCUCCCUUCGUUUAAAUCCUACGCGUACCUUGAAUACCACAAUUGAGUUAUCGGGUCACAGUCAGAGCGCUUCUUACACUCCCACAAUCAGACAAUUUUGACCGAACAUCGUUCAGCUAACAAUGACCAAUUAAUAAUACAACAUUUAGAGAAUUAAGUUGAAAAUAAAAUAAACAGCAAAUCAAGUAUCACAAUAAAAACAUGUUAAGCCUAUCAGAACCGAAUAGAAUUCCAAUGCAAGAAAAUAAUAAUUGGUUACAAAAACACCUUUAACUCAAACCCUUCAUUUCAAGCUUCAACAUAAAAAAAAUUAUACAAUUUCACUACAAACAAAAAUCUAUAAUUUUGCAUCAUGCAUCAAAUUCUACAGAAAUCGUUAAGCAAUAAUGUCGUUUAUCCAACCUAAUUUUCAAGUAUCUCUACACAAAAUAUUAGAGCACAUUAUUUCAUUUACUUUUAUGUCUAUCUAAAAGAUUGUCAUGUCAUAAAAUAAUUAACACAUUCAAUAUUUGAGAAAACUGUCAGUGCCCCAUGCCCAUUUUCCUGGAGAACUUGUUGAAGCCCUCAAUUUGCUCCAAUCUGGCGGGUCAGGGUCAUGUCUCAGCUUACAGUGGCGUUCAUGAUGAAUAAUUUUGAACGUCAUCCGUCCCUCUCCUUCUACCUCAAACAAGUUAUGCCGUAGUUUUCGGCUAAUGACCAGUGGACCAACAACGUCACCCACUUUGAAAGGGCGCUUUACUUCUCUAGCGUCGGGGUCAUUUUUCUGUCUUUUCACUGUUCUAUCUAGAAUUAUCUUCCUCUUCUUCCAGUUAGAAUUGACCUCUGCACACAACUGGACUGAUUUACUACCCACAUUCUUGGGCUUCGUCGACGGCGCGGUCAUCUCAGUACGGGGUAACCCGUUAGUCUGGACAGCAGCCAUGCGUGUCCGCUGGCUUUUACCAGGACGCUGUCUUUUGUUGAGGGCAGUGACCAUGUUUACUCUCACACUGGCUGGUGCUGGUAACUGGUUAUUGUUAACACGUUUUGAUGGGCUAGAACAAUUCUUAUCCUCUUUCGAAUUUACCCUCAAUUUAGCCGCAAUGGGCACAUUGUGACCGUCCAAAUUCAGACCCGAGGUAACCGUCCUCCAUAAUGUCUGCCACAUAUACCGUCCAGGGAUAAAAUUUAUCUCCAAUCAAUAAUUUUACGUCACUCACCCCAUAUAGAUUCAUUGGUGCCCAGUAGCUGUCUGCAGCUUCACAGCUGAGAAAUGAAUCUUACGUCUCUGCCGUCGAGGAAUUUCAAAAAAUCUUUUCUCUGAAAUAAUGGUCACAGCCGCACCCGUGUCCAUUUGAAAUUCAGCCCUAACACCACACACUGUAACAGGUACAAACACAGCACUAGGACGAACGUCUCGACCAUUCGAUGAAAUGUGAUUCAAUUUCAGCCGAUCAGGAAUUUCACCUCCUAAGCUCCUGUUCUGACAAUUACAGGCAAUGUGACCGAUUCGAUCACACUCGAAGCACCUAGGUUCCACCUGCCGAUAACCUCCAUCUUCUCGAGCUGACUGGUUAACUGCCCCUCUCUGUGAGGUGAUGAAUGCUCUAAAGUCCUCUCUCAGGCCGCUGAUCUCUCUGGCCAAAUUGUCAGUAGCUAUUGAUGCUACUUGCUUUCCCGGCAGACAAAAAUUGUCCCUCAGAUUUAAUAACUGCUCCAGGGCUGCUCUCGCCUUGUCCACUGUUGGAGGGACGGCCAUAGUGCCAACAUGGGUGACCAUUGAAGGAUCCCGUAGCCCACGUAAAAACUGCCUAAAACCAAUGGCAUCUCGUGUGGCCUGGUCUGCCAUUGGAAAGCUUUUCCCUACUAGUUUCUUGAUGUCGGUAGCGUACUCAGCACUGGUUUCUGUUCUUAGGAACGCACGUUUUUCCAACAGAUUCUGGAAGAAAGCUGGUGUUCUAUGAUCCUGGAACCGAUUGGCGAGGGCAUCUUUAAGUUUCUCGUACGUCUCUCGCUCUUCUUCACUUAAUUCACUGUAAGCGAAUUCAGCCGCCGAAUCCUUCAAAGCAAACCCCAAAUAAAGGAGUUUCUCUUUUUUGAAGAUUUUUGCAGCUGUUUCAAACUGCACGAUAAAAGUGUGCCAUGUAGAGGUUCCACUGUACGUUGGAAGGUUGUUUAAAUACUGGCAAGUCAUUGUGCUUGCCAUAGAUUUUCCACACCUUGUCUCAGUCCGGCUACCCAGAAAAAAUAUUGUCUCUUCAGAGUCGUUGCAAGAUUAACAUCCCACCGCUGCCACCAUUGUAAGGAAACCUUGCUUACUCUCUUUGCUAACCUUCAUCUAUAUCUGGCAUUCACUAAAGAACAACUCAGGCGAUAACAUUUGAUGAUUAUAAUCUUGUUCUUUAUUAGGCUGACGCUUCGCUUAGACUUUCUCUCAUCUCACAACUCUGACUGCCCUCUUGUCAUACCGUCUGAGUUCUCCCUGCUAUCUGCUUCUCUGUCCGGCCGCGCUCCUCCUGUUCCGUCCAGAGGUCCCUAUUUAUAGGUCCCUGGGUCUGUACUUGCGCCGCCCCUUUUCUCAGUCGGGUAACGUCGUCCCAGGGAAAUGCCCUGGUCAGAUUGCCGGUACCGCCACAGGCGCUUUAUCCUUCGAUCGUGAUCCCUGGUCAGAUGGCGCCGGCUGUACCUGGUCAGACGGCCGGUAAUCGGUGAUCCGAACUCUCCACAAUCCCCAGCGCCGUCGUGGUCCGAUACGCCCCCGGCGCCGUCGUGGUCCGAACUCUCCACACUAUUCAUGUUUUUUCUAAGAAACACUCAAAUAAAUUAUCCAAAUACAAAGACUUAAUGUUAUAAAAAAGUUUUGUUGCUAUUUGUGUUGUAUAUUGCAGAAUGUCUCCUGAAAAUUUGGUGGCAUUAUCUUUUAAAUAAAAAAGUUGUAGACAAAAUAAAGCAGAAAUGUGAAAAGUUGGUCAAAUAGUUGUUUCCGUUAAAUACAAAGAUAAAUAAAAGGGGUUAAAAAAUUCUCCAAAAAACUCAUAACUUCAUUUCUAUAAAAGAUAGAAAGAUGAAUUUGGUGUUUUUGCAAAGCUUGUAGCUUGUCCUUUAAAAUGAUGUAUCAUUUGUGGCAAUUGGACAAUGUUUAAAAUUUAAACCCCCUAAUUUACAUCUUGUGAAAACUAUGACAGACAUUCCAAAUUACUGCCUUAUUUUGACAUAAAUAUUUUAUUUUCAAAAAUAAUGCUACCAAAUUUUUAAAAGACAUUUUCAAUGCAGUAAAUAGGUGCUUUGACAGAAAUUUAAAAUGUUAUUCUAUUGCCAUGAAGGAUAAUCAUUUUAAAGGGCUAGUUAUAAACUUUAUAAAAACAUCAAUUUUAUCUUCCUAUCGUUUAUAGCAGUGGAUUUAUUAAUUUUUCAGUGAAUUUUUUACCCCCCUUCUUUAUCUUUUUAUUUAACUGUGUGACCGACUUCCAUAUUUUCUCCAAACUUUUGAUUUCAAAAGAUAAUGCUACCAAAUUUUCAGCAGUAACAUUCUAUAGAACACAAUAAAUAACAAAACUUUUACAUAACAUCAAGAUUUUGUAUAAUUUUAUUUGAGAUUAUGUUAAGAAAAGCGUGAACAGAAAAUUUGGAAAAAUUAUCAUUUAUAAAGAAAAAACCAAAAAACCAAACAUGUUUAUUAACUUUUAACUAAAAAGGUAAAAAAAAAGGUAAGUACUCUUUUUUUUCAUGCAUGUAAUUAUAAAUAAAAAUAACUCAAAUAAAAUCACUCAUAAGACUAAUCCAAGCAUACCCAUUCGUGAUUUAAAGGUAAUGAGGAUGCUCUGCCUAUCAUUUUAUGGGUAGACUGCUUUACAGGCUUCUUUGUCUCGUUUAUGAAUCCCGCAAUCUCUCCUUCAUCAACUUUGUCUUUGUGAUCUACAUCCAAACACCCCUCAUUGGCGAUGGAAGGAUUUCCGAGGUCUGCAACAGAAAAUUAAUAUGUUCCCUUGCACUCGAAAGAAGUCUAGAAAUAACUUAUAGUCUAAUCUUAAUACUGAAUCUACACAAUCUGUUUUCUUUUUUCUUUUCAAUAUUAUUCAAGUUUUGUGUUAAUUAAAAAUUCUUAUUUUGUGUAUUUGAUUAGAAAUAUUAAAUAUUUGCUAUGUAUCUUUUUUUUUCUAUGUCCUAAUAAAAUAUAAUUACUAUGAAAAUGAUGAAGUUGAGUCUUAUUUAUUUAUUUAUAGUCACUUAUAGCCAUCCAUAAAUAGGAUAAUAAUAACUUUUCCUACUACUUAGACUUAGACCUAUAUUCUAUAUGUAGCAUUAACAUGUAGGCUGGUAAUUUUAGUAAUAAUAUUCUCUUUUUUUAAAUAAUAAUAUUUAAACAAUGUCCCUAAUGAUUGAAUAACAAUUAUUGUUACUACUAUUAUUCAAACUAUUACCAUAUUGAUUUAAUAAAGAAGAAUGGAUAAAUGCAUUGGCAUACACUAACAAAAUUUAUUAAUGUAAAUUGAUACUAAUACUAUGACUAUAGGUAUUAUUAUAUAAUUAUUUAUGUAAAUUAAGGGACAAAACUAGUCUGAAAUUCACCCAACUAAACAAAGUAAAAUUUAUGAAAACACUUUAACGUAUUGGGUUGUAUUAAUUUUUAAAAAUAAAGAAAAACUGUUUCCCAUUCAUUAACUGAUUAGUGUUCCAGGUAUUUUUAAAGAUAAACAAUAAUGAAAAUAUAUUUGUACCUUAAUAUUUAAAUGAUAAGAAGAGCCAUUUCCAACAACCCAAAUUUUUGUUGUCAGGGGGAAUAACUGAUGAUAACUGGCAUUUUCAUUUACACAGGAAAAUUCAUAACUUUUAGGGGGAAUUGCUAUUAUUAACGAAAUAAAGUUCUUAACAACUGGGAAUAAAUGAAGAAGUCCCGUAUUAUACGGCUAACUAUUUGCUAUUUUUACAAUAAAGAGUAAUAGGCUAUUAUGUACAUACCAAUGCAUAAGAAUACAUACGUUGCCAGUCCCAAGAUACACCGUGCUGUAAAAAUAAUAUCACCAUGUUUGGAAAAAUAUGCCCUCUACGUCACUAAUGACGAAACAAUUUAUUAUUAGAAAACUGUUAUGUAAUACGCAAAACAACCAAGUCCUCCCCGAGCCGAAUGCAAAAUGGCCACAACAGUUUUUGCGUCAUUUUUCAGUAUGUCCAUACAGUGAGACUUUCGAAUUACCUACAGUAACAAAAAUACAAUGAGCACCAACAUUUUUACAUGAUAUGACGACUUUAUUUUCGAUAAUUUAUUUUAAGGGUAGUUAAAAAAUCCCGAAAAUAACAAGUUGAAAAAAUGAUUACAUUAAGACUAUAAGCCAAAUAAAAAAAUAGGAUAAGAUUAAUAUUAAAUAAGAGUUAGAUGAUACCAGUAUGUGAUUUAAAUGUAAUGUAACAUUAAUAUUAAUUAAGAGUUAGAUGAUACCAGUAUGUGAUUUAAAUGUAAUGUAAGAUUAAUAUUAAAUAAGAGUUAGAUGAUACCAGUAUGUGAUUUAAAUGUAAUGAGGAUGUUGUCCCUGUUUUCUGGGUAACUGCUCUAUAGACUUCAUCUUGUUGAUGAAACCCACAAUCUCUCGUUUAUAAUUAUACAUUUUGCCUGCGCCAUUUAAUUUCCAAAUAUGCCUAAUUACCAAUGGAAGGAAUUCAGAGUUUUGCAACAGAUAUUUAAAUUUAUCUCAUGUACCUGAAAGAAGCCUAGAAGUAACAUCUAAUCGUAAUCCUGAAUUUGCACAAUUUCUAGUUUCUUUUUAAUUAUAUUCACUAUUAUAUAAGUUAUGUGUUUAUUAAAAUGUAUUUCCUUUUGUUUAUUUUAUUAAAAUUGUGAAUUAUUUCUCGAUGUAUCCAUUUUUCAUAUGCCCAUAUCCUAAUACUAAUAUAAAUAUAAUUACAAUGAUGUUGUUGAGUCUUAUUUAUUUCUUGACUGGCUAAUUUUAAACAAGUUAAUAGUCAUAGUGUGUUGCAAUUUUCUCAAAAUUAUAGAUUAAGCUUAGAGGUUUACCAGGAUACUUUAUUUACUUUAGUGGAGUAAUAAUUAAUUAAUAUUAUUAUUAUUAGCAGAAGCACUGCUUUUUUUGUGUGUUAUUAUUCCAUUAUUAUAAUUAAAUAUCACUAAUAACUAGGCCUAAUCUUAUAAUUACAUAAAAAAAACAAUUAUUUAGGGGCUUUCAUAAAAAUAAUUUGGGGCCAACCCUAACACUAAAAAUAAAUUAAUUAAAAUCGGUUUAAGCUUUUGCUAUUUAUAAAAGUUUUAACGUCACAUGGGAAAUGGCGUCGGUGGGCCGUAGAGCCCCACACAGGCCAAAUGCCGGGUUUCCCCACCACCAGACCAUAUGGGGGCACACUGGGAUCCUCCCCCCUGGCCUGGGGGACGUCCGAUUGACCGGAAACACUGCGUUUAAAGCGUUCGCGAUCCAUUCUCCCAAAGGGUCUAGGUGGGUUUGCUUCCUCUCCGGAUGAUUGGUGUUGCGUUACUGUCCCCCACCACCCAUGGAGUCUUUCGGUUGGGACGAAACAGUGGCUUUCUCACGGCUGCGUAGCUAAAAUCAUCGGCAUGGGUUUUAACCGCCAACCAGACCUCAUAUUCAUUAACGGCAACAAGUAAUCAUGCUACGACUUUACAAUUCCCAUUGUGUUGGGAGUCAUGCGUCGGCGUCAGGUUUUUUAGCUUGGGAGACUGACCUCUCUACUAGUCUGCCACGCCACAAAGAGGCAAAACCCUAUGUGGACGCCCCCAAAUUAAGUCGGAGACGCUCCUCUUUUAAAAAUGGAUUUAAUAUGAUUUAUAAUAACUGAUGAGUUUAAUUAUGAUGUUUAAGGAUGAGUUUAAGUAUGAUGUUUAAGGAUGAGUUUAAUUACGAUGUUUAAGGAUGAGUUUAAUUACGAUGUUUAAGGAUGAGUUUAAUUACGAUGUUUAAGGAUGAGUUUAAUUACAAUGUUUAAGGAUGAGUUUAAUUACAAUGUUUAAGGAUGAGUUUAAUUACAAUGUUUAGGGAUGAGUUUAAUUACAAUGUUUAAGGAUGAGUUUAAUUAUGAUGUUUAAGGGUGAGUUUAAUUAUGAUGUUUAAGGAUGAGUUUAAGGAUGAGUUUAAGUACGAUGUUUACUGAUGAGUUUAAGGAUGGGGAUAUUCUUAUUGAAAGCAUUCAAUCAUAGUUAUUUACUGACAAUCAUUUGUAGGGGCUGGCCAUUUCUUUUUUUCUUACCAUCUUGCUAACCACGUAAACUCAUACUUACUGGUGGGAUAGCUCCUUUCAUUAUUGUGGAAUGAUUAUCAAAUGAAAUGUAUUAUAGUCAAAGCAGUGAAGUUGUACAAAAUAUGCAACACUACACAGUGGCAGUAAGCAUAAAAAAAUGUAUUUAGCCAUCUAGUACUUACCAGAUGUUCCCUGACUAGCUGGGGGUAAAUAAAAAAUAACAACAUGGUGCAAUUGAUGCGACUAUCACAGAAAGAUGAUCCCAAAAUACAUCAUUCAUGAGGUAUCAAUGAAAUUACCGAAAAAAAUGACAAUGACUUGACAGAAAAAAAAAACGUUUAUGAAUAGUGGUUUGUAAAAACGGGUUACAUGUUUUUGUGUCAUUUUUAGACAUGCGAAUGGAUGUGUGAAUGAAUAUCAUAGUGCGUGGUGUAACAACUGAUAUUCACUGUUAAUUUCCAGUUAAAAAGCACUGUUUCGUAUCGUAGUAGUGAUACAUGGAUCUAAAUAGGUAUUGAUAAGGCAGAACUGGAGGAGGAGAGAAGACAUCUUGAAAUAGAUAUUAAGAUGGCACUUGGAAGGGCUUGUUAAGGUGAUUAUUCUAAUGCAUGUGGAUGUGUUGUGACUGUACUUCAAAUAAUCACCAUUCUAUUAUCCUUUGAUGUGAAAUUUAUUCUAUAUGGUGUGAUGUGUUCAUAAAUACAUGAUAAUAUUUUGAACUGGACUUCUGCUGAUAUAUGUAGUGUGAGUGAGACUGAGGUUGUCAAGUACGUAGAGUAACAGUAACGGUCAUAUUUACAUUGAUGUCAGGUCUCCAAAGGUUGCCUGAUGAUUUGAUUUAACUUUGAUGUAAUCAGGUGAUUUACCAUAUGUUGCACCCACUAAUAAAUCAUUAAACAAAAUUUAAUUAACAAUUUCAUAAAAAUUAAAAUUGUUACUUACUAACUUACUUAGGGAUCAAUCUAAGAUCUAAUUUCGGAUAAUCCUAGAUUACUAACCAGAGUAAUCAUUAAUCAAUAGUCUAUUAUUGGGGUGUUCUAUUUGUAUAGACCUGCAACUCUAUUUAUGCGAGGGAAGGAUCAACCACAGGUUAUCACCAGGUUUUGCCACAUAUCUGAGGGAUACAGUGAAUUUAAAGUUGCUAUGUUGACCCUGAAAAUGCUCUAGACACUGUGAGGAAGGAUGUUUUGUGUUGCAAACCUUUGCCUAUAAUGCAUAGCACACAUUGGGAUUGUACUCUACCCAAUAUCUGCCAUGAAUUUUAUCUACCUCAUCACUCCUAACUUUACUGAUCUGAUGAGUUAUAUUUUAUGUUUGUGAAAUAUUAAAUAAUUUUCAUCAAAUCAAAAGAAAGUAAAAUAUGAAUAAGACAAGGUGAGAUUCUAUGCCAAAAUCUCCCUCCAAACUUUAGCAUUAAAGUAGUCUUGAUAUUCAUCAAAUCCAUUAUUUGUUUCAAUCCACAGAAAUCGGAGACUUUCAAAAGAUUGUUGGAACUUUUAUUGAUAUGGUUGACUCAGUAGCCAAAGAAGUGGAAAAGGAAAAAAUGAAAGUAGGUUGCAAUAGCUAAGAUUUUUUUUAAAUAGUAGAGCUACCAGCAUAGUACAUAAUAACACUCACAAAAUUUUGUUCACUUUUCAAUGAAUGACAUAUACCGUUACACUCCUUAAAAUUAUUAAACCUUAUUACCGGUGCUUUAUUUUAAAAUUAAAGUAUUUAUGCUUUUGUAAUGUUAUUCCUGCUCAAAUAUUUGAAGUUACAAUGUACCUGCAAUCACCAGCCCUCAAUAGACAGAGCUGCUUUAUUCAAGGAAAGUCUUGGCAGUGGGACCUAAACAUCUAAAUAAUUUAUAGUUUUAUUUUCUUGUAAUGGUUGAAAGGGGUAUAUCUUCUCAAACAAAUAAGAACUCCAAAAUUAAAGAGUUCUAUAAAAAUGACAUGAUGUUUGCUUUACCUGAAAAUGAGUACCCUGAGGUAAACACUUUGAUGACCUGAUACACCACUGCAGUAAUAAUACCAAACCAGAUCACGCAGUGUGUGUUUCAACAUUCACUUUAUAUCUUUAAUGUACCAAAACAUGCAUGAAAUGAGCUUUCCCAGCAUCAUAAAAGAAUGGUCAUGGUUCUGUUUUAUUAAAUCCUUCAGGCGAUUGGAGCCAGGAAUUUGCUCAAGUCUAUAGCUAAACAAAGAGAAUCACAACAACAGCAGCUGCAUGCCCUUAUUACUGAGAAGAAAAUGCAGUUAGAAAGGUAGAUUAUUAAAUCUUAUACGCAUUAAAAAAUAUGUUAUACAUUCCUUGUCAUGUGCUUUGAUUUUGUGUUUAUAAAAAACAUGCAGGGUCAGUUCCUUAGAAAACAAAGGCUUUGACAUUAGGGCAUUUGUAUAUUCUCUGGGAAGAGGAAAGAGAUAACAAAGGCUUUGACAUUAGGUCAUUUGUAUAGUCUCUGGGAAGAGUGAAGAGAUAAAGAAGGCUUUGACAUUAGGGCAUUUGUGUAUUCUCUGGGGAAAGUAAAGUAUUGUAUUUUAAAAUCAUUUUUUCACCCCUACUUUUAUAUUUUUAAAUGUCAAUGGCUUACUCAAAGAGAUAGCCACUACACUGAAGACAGUCAUUUUCAAUGAUUAGUAGAUAUUUAACAGUAUUUUUGUUCUCCGAAGAUCAUUAAUUAUUUUGUUCUUUCCAGUUGGCUCAGUUAUUUUCUUAAUGGACUCAAAAGGCUUUUACUUUAAGGGAAGCAACUCAGAUUUUUUAAUUUCAAUUUAAUUUUUUUUAAAUUGCUUUUUAAGCUCCUUAAAUUUUAUAAAUUAUUGAAGCUAAAUAAAGAUGACAGUGCUAAAACCAGACACAUUUUUAUGUAAAUUAUUACAUUAAUUAAUGACUAAGAAAGGAAAUGAUAAAAAAACAACUCAAUUUCAGAAAAGCAAACACAAGAUAGGUAUAUAGGUAUAAAAAUAACUGUUCAAAAUUGCUUUUUGUUGAAAAAUCCAAAUGAAAUAAAUAUAUAUAAUUUCUUUCUUGAAAUCUGUUCAUUUUAAAAUGAAAUGUAUAGUAUGCAUAGUAUAUUUUAUGUAUAGUAGCAACUGGCGGGAAGGGGUAAAUAUAAAAUGUUUUUUAAUUAAAUGGAUUAUUUUGUUGUUUUUUUUAUUUAGCAAAUAAGAUGCCAUUGAUCUGUGGCGAUCCAUAAAUCUGUGAGGGUCCAUUGAUCUGUGACGAUCCAUAAAUCUGUGAGGGUCCAUUGAUCUGUGGCGAUCCAUAAAUCUGUGAGGGGCCCUUGAUCUGUGACGGUCCAUAGAUCUAUGAGGGUCCAAAGAUCUGAGAGGGUCUAUUGAUCUGUAGGAGUCUAUAGAUCUAUGAGGGUCCAUACUUCUGUGAGGGUCCAUAGAUCUGUGAGGGUCCAUAGAUCUUUGAGGGUCCAUAGAUCUGAGAGAGUCCAUUGAUCUGUGAGAGUCCAUAGAUCUGAGAGAGUCCAUUGAUCUGUGAGGGUCCAUAUAUCAGUGAGGGUCCAUUAAUUAAGGUGGCUUCAUGUUAGAGUCAACACUGACUUUUUAAGUUUUUUCCUGCAUGUUAACUUGAAAUGAAUAAAGUUAUCAAUGGUGAAACAUGGGAGAUUGGACAUAUUGUGAAUAUGAAACAUGGGAGAUGGGUCGUAUUGUGAAUGUGAAACAUGGGAGAUGGGACGUAUUGUGAAUAUGAAACAUGGGAGAUGGGACGUAUUGUGAAUGUGAAACAUGGGAGAUUGGACAUAUUGUGAAUAUGAAACAUGGGAGAUGGGACGUAUUGUGAAUGUGAAACAUGGGAGAUGGGACGUAUUGUGAAUGUGAAACAUGGGAGAUGGGACGUAUUGUGAAAAUGAAACAUGGGAGAUGGGACGUAUUGUGAAUAUGAAACAUGGGAGACGGGACGUAUUGUGAAUAUGAAACAUGGGAGAUGGGACGUAUUGAGAAUAUGAAACAUGGGAGAUGGGAUGUAUUGUGAAUAUGAAACAUGGGAGACGGGACGUAUUGUGAAUGUGAAACAUGGGAGAUGGGCCGUAUUGUGAAUGUGAAACAUGGGAGAUUGGACAUAUUGUGAAUAUGAAACAUGGGAGAUGGGACGUAUUGUGAAUGUGAAACAUGGGAGAUGGGAUGUAUUGUGAAUAUGAAACAUGGGAGACGGGACGUAUUGUGAAUGUGAAACAUGGGAGAUGGGCCGUAUUGUGAAUGUGAAACAUGGGAGAUUGGACAUAUUGUGAAUAUGAAACAUGGGAGAUGGGACGUAUUGUGAAUGUGAAACAUGGGAGAUGGGACGUAUUGUGAAUAUGAAACAUGGGAGACGAGACGUAUUGUAAAUAUGAAACAUGGGACGUAUUGUGAAUAUGAAACAUGGGAGAUGGGACGUAUUGUGAAUAUGAAACAUGGGAGACGGGACAUAUUGUGAAUGUGAAACAUGGGAGAUGGGACGUAUUGUGAAUGUGAAACAUGGGAGAUGGGACGUAUUGUGAAUGUGAAACAUGUAUUUAAAUGUUGACUAAAGGAAUGGCAGUCGCAUUGGCCUGCUUUGUGGCAAAUCUUGACACAAAUUUUGAAAGUCAAAGGCUGAGAUUUCCCUAACACAAGCCUCGAUGGAAUCGCUUUCCAAUGUGGUCCGCACAUUUUUGGAAAAGGGGGGCUGGAAGGGAAUUUUUGAUCCUCAUUCAAAUAGUUUAGUUUCCUUUUAUGUGUAUUUUGUAUACAAGGCAAUAUGUUUUUCAUAAAUAGGGGCAUCAAAGUCAUGGAAUGGAAAAACUCAUUCUACUCCACUGUUACCCAGACCCCUUUAUCUACCCCCAGGAGUCACAACUCCAUCCGCCCUUGAUUCACUUAGGACACACCCGUUGCUUUAGUUUCAUCCAGUGUUUUAAAGACAUUUCAUAUUCGUAUCUUUGCUUUCCAGGUUAAGAAUACAGCAUGAUGCAUUACUCAAAGAGGAAGCUGGCCAGAAUGAAUUUAUUGAACAACUCAUCUUGCAGAAUUGAUGCUGAUAUUGUGUCAUAGUCAUCUAUUUCAUUACAUUAUGGCUGCUCUUAUACAAACUUUAUUCCAUUGCUCUCUAAACGUUUUUGAAACAUUUGAUGGUUUGAAAAACCACUAAGUAAAUCUUAUCUCAUUGCAAACAUUCAGAGACUGGGUAGGGUUGUGACAAAUAUCUCAAACAGUUCCCGAGCUUAAAAAAUAAAAUUUAAAAAAAAAAUCAUUUUUUCUGGCGCUAUCUGUGAUACGAAUACAUUGAUGUUUCGCUUUAAAAAAAAAUCAUUUUCACGCUUAAGAUGUAAAUAUGAAUAUUUUGAUAUUGUGUUGUAAAUAAACAAAAUAGAAUAUAUG